AUGAGCACUGACCAGGGGGAGAGUACCCUAAAAGGGCUAUGGGCAAGGUACUCCUCAUGGCAUAAGCUACUGAAAAGUGUGGCAUGGCUCAGGAGGUUCAUACAGUGGCGCUUCAGCGAUCCAAAGGAAGAACGUCACCAAGAAGAUCGACUGAAGUUCAGCGAGUUGGAUGAGGCAAGAUUAGCUGUCUUGAGCCUGAUACAAAGGAAGGGAUUUCCCCACGAGAUGGACGCGCUGGAGCGAGGAUACUCCGUCAGGACUGGUGACGUAAGCAGCCUGGAACCUUACCUGGGUGCAGACGGCCUAAUCAGAGUAGGCGACCGACUGAAGCGUGCUGCUCUUCAUCCAGACCAAAGGAACCCCAUACUGUUACCCAGAGAGAACGAGAAAACCACAGAACUUAUCGUACAAGAGGUACAUUCGACCAGAGCUGGCCACUGA